UACAAGAAGACUAAAAGGGCGCCCCCUUCUCCCACCAAAAUAAAAUAUUAAAAAUAGAAAUUCCUUCUCUUCCCUCGCCCGCCCACUUCACAUUUGUCUGAACUCAAUUACUAUAGACAUUCAAACCCCCAUGCAAACCUAAAUGCUAUUACUACUGAAUGCAAUGUGGGUGCGCGCCUCUUAAUAACCGAACUGGAUUCCGAGGGCGCCCAAAUGUUCGAAUGAAGAUUUGUUUAAAGAGGAAUUUAAAUCUGCCUCCACGAGUCUAUAUAUUGAGGGCUUGAGAUGGAGACAUUAUCAAAAGUUUUACAGUGACUGGUCAGGUGAAACAAAGGACCAUGAGAUGGAGUCCAAUGACUUGAUGUUAGAGAAUGGAUGUACAGAAGACACAAGUACUAGGAUUGCACCCCCCUCAGGCAUAGAUGGUAGGCGUUACAGCCGGCCUAAGCUUGCAAAGCGUAUGAAAAAUGUUCCUCAGACACGUGGAUCUAACAUAUGUAAUUAUCCUUUGGGCAAAGCUCCUACUUCCAUCAGCAGUUGUCGCUAUGAUAGUUCGCUAGGUUUGCUAACAAAGAAAUUUAUUAAUCUAGUCAAGCAAGCUGAUGAUGGCAUUCUUGAUCUCAACAAGGCUGCCGAUACUUUGGAAGUUCAAAAGCGCAGAAUAUAUGACAUAACAAAUGUGCUUGAAGGCAUAGGUCUUAUUGAGAAAAAGCUGAAAAACAGAAUUUGCUGGAAGGGCCUUCGUGCAUCGGGACUUGGAGAUGUUGAACAUGACAUGACAGUUCUUCAGGCUGAUGUUGACAAUCUCUACGUUGAAGAAUGCAAUUUAGAUGAACGUAUCAGAGAAAUGCAGGAACGAUUGAGGAGUUUGAGUGAGAAUGAGAGUAAUAGAAGAUGGCUUUAUGUUACAGAUGAAGACAUCAAGAACUUACCUUGCUUUCAGAAUGAAACACUAAUAGCAAUUAAAGCACCUCAUGGAACCACUCUUGAAGUACCAGAUCCUGAUGAGGUUAGAUUCAUGCUGUUGAAUUUACAUGAUAAAGUAUUGCUUCUAAUUAAAAUCAUAUUCACAAGUCUUGAAAGAUGUCCUCUCUGUCAAUACUACCUGCAGGUUGUAGAGUAUCCACAAAGGCGUUAUCAGAUUCUUUUACGAAGCAGUAUGGGUCCAAUUGAUGUAUAUCUUGUAAGCCAAUUCGAGGAGAAAUUUGAAGAGAUGAAUCCAGUUGACAUACCAGUGGGAUCUGUUCCAUUGAGGACUGGCCCUGCUGAAGAUUUACCUAUAAUGCCAGGAAGUUCUAUUUCUGUUGAUUCGGAGCAGCAAGGUCAUGAAACCCAGAAAUUGUCUUCAGAAUUAAAUAUCCCCCAGGAUUUUGGAAGUGGAAUUAUGAGAAUAAUUCCAUCAGAUGUUCAUAUUGAUACUGAUUAUUGGCUGCGCUCUGAUCCUGGGGUUGGCAUAACGGACAUGUGGAGAACUGAAUCUAAAUCUACAUGGGAUGAGGUGAUGGAACUUAAUUCAACAGACUUUGGCAUUGAUGAGUGCUCUUGUCCUCAGACUCCUCCAAGCAGUAGUGUAUCCUAAAUUCCAGAGAUUUUUUUACAGGGCAUGCUGAAUGCAUAGGCGUUGAAUCAACUUUAUCACCAAAGUUGUGUAUUAGCAAGACUACAACAGGCAAUUUGGUGCUUUUGGAACAGACUUUUGAUGAGUCAAGGUUAGGAAAAAUCCUAUUCAUAUUCUGAGGAUCUCGGAGGCAAAAUAUAGUCGUAGAGCUCUCAUUAAUAAUCUCAACACCAUGUUGCACCAUGUUGAGCAGUUGCUAUAAAAUGAAAACUAAAAAAUUGUACUUCUGUUGUUUUAAUGAAAUUAUCUAUUCUGGCAAUCAAUGGAUGUCGAAUCCAUGGGCCUGGUAAGUACCCAUGUUAUUCAUCUUUGGAUUAAUCUCUGUACUUUUGAGUUCAAUUGUGACUGUUGUAUAGUUAGUGACAGUACUACCCUCAGCACCAUGCCGAAGAUCUAAUCAUUGUGCCCCAUUUGUUGGACCAACCCAGGUCUUUGUAAAGUACUUUAAUUCCACUUUAAACAAUAUUUAAUAGCAAAUUAAACAGUUUGAGUUAA